CCUGGCAUGCUAAACACAGGGCAUAAAAACCAUGAGGUCAGGUAUGAUGUCAUCAGUGAGCGACUAGACUCCACAUGGCAGCUAACUGAAGUUUAGACUGCUCUUUGCUAAGGGUCAGCAUGGCCAGGCAGUGGUCUGAGGGCCACUCCACAUCCAUCCUGUGUGUUGGGGCGUCUUCAGGCCCCGAGGGCCUCCUCGCCUCAGGCUCUGAGGGCGGAGAGGUCACGGUGUGGAGCCAAGAGGGGACCAUCAUAGGCCGUCUCACUCUCCCCGGUGAAGAGGACAUCACGAGCGUUGUAUUUUCACCUGCAGCUCCGGGCCAGCUGUACGUCUCACAUGGAGACGCAGUGAGUGUACUCGACCCCCGAAACCUGAAAGGCCCAGUGGAGGAAUUUCAGGGUGCAGGGGAAGAGGAGAUCAAUGCGUUGGCGCUAAACGAGACGGGUUCAGCCCUGGCGGUGGCUGAUGACUCCGGUGCAGUCCGGGUACUGGAGCUUCCUGGGGGGAAAGUGUGCAGGACUCUUCGUAGACACACUAACAUCUGCUCCUCGGUGGCUUUUCGGCCUCACAGGCCCAAUAACCUGCUGUCUGCUGGACUAGACAUGCAGGUGAUGCUGUGGGGUCUGCAGAAGACACGUCCUCUUUGGAUCCUCAACCUCCAGGAUGUAGCAGAAGACGAAGACGACCAUCAGCAGCGUCCUGGUCAGCUUUUCAACCCACCGCUGGUCCACUGCGUUUCUGUGGCGAGCUGUGGGAACAUUUUGGGUUGUGCAGCAGAGGACGGGCGGGUGCAUUUGAUGCGGAUUGGCAGUGGCUCUAAACUGGAACAGCAGGGAGCAGUCAAGGCCCACAGUCAGGGGGCCUCACAAGCCCACUUUGUAAGUUUCCUCUCCCACCCUCACUGGCUCGUCACCGGGGGGAACGACGGCCGGGUCGCCCUGUGGGACCUCAGCAAGCACCCGGUGGUGACUCCGGAGGCAAAGGUCAAAACUGGAGUGACCGCAGCCCCACGCAGGAAGGGUAAGAGCAAGGCGAGGAGGAAAGAACAAUCCCAGGAUAAAGCAAAGACCCCACCGAAGGUUGAAGCAGAGAAAGAAGAAGUGGAGGAUGAUGUGGCAGCAAGAGCUGAGGAGGUGACGGAGGAGAAGUCUGGGCCCAAAGUGAGCUUCAGUCAUGGGGACAAGGUGAACUGGUUGUGCCCUGCUGUGCUGAAAGGAGAACCCAGUGUGGUAGUCGCAGAUCAGAGCGCCAGUCUGACGGUCUACCCUCUGUCUCCACUAUAGAUUCUCUUUACGCACUUUACGCAUUCUUUCCUCUUUUGUUCUCAUCGUAGCAGUAUAAUAUUUUGACUUAUUUUUAGUUUACACUCCUGUUUGAUGCUGUUAGAACUGGCUGCAUCAUUAUUUGGACUUCUGGUCUACAUGGUGAUUGUGAUCUUGCUCUCCUUUUAAUAAAGCCUGAACUUGUGGGCAGAAACCAAACAACUAACUAACUGAUGUUCCAGAAAGCACUCAACAGUGGAAGAUAGGUCUUUACAGAAGCAGACAAACAUCACAGAAAUCUGUUUUAUACAAGCUUUCACACAAUAUUCAACAAAUUAAAUGUGUAAUUGUUUUUCGGGUCCCAUUUAAUGCCAGAUUUACUCAUUGAACACGGCUCAUUUGGGGUUUUUUGUCUGUGCGUGUGGUCCUAUAAAAAAUGUCAUCCUUUGAAAUAUAUUAAGCAAUAUAUGAAGUUUUGUGGACUGUAAAACUACCACAUUAUAGACAAAGGAAUCUGCAUGUUUAACAGAGUCUGUGGUGCU